UAGAUCACAUUUCCAGAACGUCGAAUCCUAGGUGAGAAGGAAUUGACAAAUGAUGGUUGAUGACUUUAAGGUGGUGGAACAUCACACGCAGAUCAACCAAUGAAGAAUCUCUUGACUGCCCGUCAGUUUGACGAAGGUGUCAAAGGUUUCCGUUGUCGUUGUUGUUUGAAUGAUAAUUACAAAAUCCUGCAUUGUCUAAUUUCAACUAACCUACUUCCCCUUGAACGAGCAACAUGAAGGAAGUGGUGGUAGUUCUGUUAACACUGUUCAUAACAACCCAAGUGUACGGGGAAAUCCUACUGUCCGAUAAAACUUAUGUUAAUGGCGUCCUAGUGGCCGAUAAAAAAGUCCCGGAAGUCCGGAAGCGGAACUAUCAGCGAGUUUGGGUUGAUGAGGCUGUCAGCGUUAUGUCCAUGGGUGAAAUCCCGAAACCGCUGUACGUGGGCAACGCCAUCGUCAUGCAGUCACAUGACUACAAAAAUGGCGCCUUCUUCCCUAUCGGACCAAAAAAGAGUUUUAAAGCUUUUUAUUUCCGAAACCAGCAACCUAUUCCACGAUCUGUGAUGGCAAAAUAUGAACUUUUAUAAAUGGUUUAUAUCAAAUACAACGUUUUCAUUUAA